AUGACCGUUACCGAGACCAGCACCAUUACCAUAACCAUCAGCAUCUCCAUCACCGUUACCAUCACCUUCACCAUGACCAUCACCUUCACCAUCACCGUUACCAUGACCAUUAGCAUUGACUGCGACCCCGGCCAGGCCACCAAGUACCUGUACGAGCUUCUCUACAACGACCCCAUCAAGAUCAUCCUCAUGCCCGGUUGUAGCAGCGUCUCCACGCUGGUGGCCGAGGCCGCCCGGAUGUGGAACCUCAUCGUGACCCUCGAUGACCUGGACCAACGGGUGAAGGAAGCUGGUUUGGAGAUCACCUUCCGCCAGAGCUUCUUCUCUGACCCCGCCGCGCCUGUGCGCAACCUCAAGCGCCAGGACGCCCGUAUCAUUGUGGGGCUCUUCUACGAGACGGAGGCGCGUAAGGUCUUCUGCGAGGUCUACAAGGAGAAGCUGUACGGCAAGAAAUAUGUCUGGUUCCUCAUCGGUUGGUACGCCGACAACUGGUUCCGCAUCAAGGAUCCGGCCAUCAACUGCACCGAGGCAGAGAUGGCCGAGGCUGUGGAGGGACACGUCACCACCGAGAUCGUCAUGCUCAACCCUGAGAAUACCCGCAGCAUCUCCAACAUGACAUCUCAGGAGUUCAUCGAGAAGCUGCAGACGCGGCUGGGCAAGAACCCUGAGGAGACAGGAGGCUUCCAGGAGGCUCCACUGGCCUACGAUGCCAUCUGGGCGCUGGCCCUGGCCCUCAACAAGACCUCAGCGGAGCUGGUGAAGAAAGGCUUGCGCCUGGAGGACUUCAACUACAACAACAAGAACAUCACCGAUGAGAUCUACCGGGCCCUCAACUCCUCUGCCUUUGAGGGUGUCUCGGGACACGUUGUCUUCGACGCCAGUGGCUCCCGCAUGGCCUGGACACUCAUCGAGCAGCUUCAAGGAGGCGUCUACAAGAAGAUUGGCUACUACGACAGCACCAAGGACAACCUGUCCUGGUACAACAACGACAAGUGGAUCGGAGGUGCCCCUCCAGCUGACUACACCAAGGUCAUCACCACCUUCCGGUUCCUGUCCCAGAAGCUCUUUAUCUCCGUCUCGGUGCUGGCCUCGUUGGGCAUCCUCCUGGCCAUCAUCUGCCUGGCCUUCAACAUCUACAAUGGGCACGUCCGGUACAUCCAGAACUCACAGCCGUACCUGAACAACAUGACGGCUGUGGGCUGCACGCUGGCGCUCGCUGCUGUCUUCCCCCUGGGACUCGACGGGUAUCACAUCGGGCCAGGGCUCUUCCCUUUCGUCUGUCAGGCCCGGCUGUGGCUCCUGGGGCUGGGGUUCAGCCUGGCGUAUGGCAGCAUGUUCACCAAGAUCUGGUGGGUCCACACCGUCUUCACCAAGAAGGAGGAGAAGAAGGAGAAGAGGAAGACCCUGGAGCCUUGGAAGCUGUACGCCACCGUGGGGCUGCUCGUGGGGCUGGAUGUGGUCACACUGAUCAUCUGGCAAAUCGUGGACCCCCUGCACCGCACCAUUGAGGUGGGGCAACGAGGGGGGGUGCUCACAGUGUUGGGGCGCCUGGGGGGGCGAUGCUCAAGGUGUUGGGGGAUAUUUUACGGCUUCAAGGGGUUGCUGCUGCUGCUGGGCAUCUUCCUGGCAUACGAGACCAAGAGCGUGUCCACGGAGAAGAUCAAUGACCACCGAGCGGUGGGCAUGGCCAUCUACAACGUGGCGGUCCUCUGCCUCAUCACAGCGCCCGUCACCAUGAUCCUCAGCAGCCAACAGGACGCGGCCUUCGCCUUUGCCUCGUUGGCUGUCGUCUUCUCCUCCUACAUCACCUUGGUCGUCCUCUUCGUCCCCAAGAUGCGCCGCCUCAUCACCCGAGGCGAGUGGCAGUCGGAGCAGCAGGACACCAUGAAGACGGGCUCGUCCACCAACAACAACGAGGAGGAAAAAUCCCGGCUGUUGGAGAAGGAGAACCGGGAGCUGGAGAAAAUCAUCGCCGAGCUGAUCCUGGAUCUGAUUGUCCCUGGAUCCGACUGUCCCUGGAUCUGGCUGGUCCUGGGUCCAGCUGAUCCUGGAUCCACUUGUCCCUGGAUCUGA